AUGGCUGCGCGCGUCACGGAGUUGCUGAACGGCUCCGCGGUAGCACUGGCGCUGGGCGUGGCGUCGCGCACGGGGCUGCUGCGGGCGCUGAGUCAGGAGCCAUCGACCGUGGAGAACAUUGCCAAAGUGUCCAAAUUGCAUCCCAGAUAUGUGGAGGAGAUCCUUGCCGUCCUGGUCUGUGGCAAAGUGGCCAUCCUCACGGAGGCUGCCUACAAUCGCCUAACGAAGGAACAUCGCGACGAAUUUGCAGCAAUGAGUUGUGCUGCACCUCUUGUGCGGGGGGUCAUGGAGAAGGAGGCUGACAGAGCCAAGUUGGAUGUGAGUGAUCUAGGGGUCUUGCUUGAAGAAGAAGAAGCGAUUAGAACUCAUUUACGCGACUCUGAAAACGUUCUCUUUGCUGGAGAAACCAAGGAAAGUGUCAAGGUUGCUUGCACUGCACAUAUCAAUGUGCUGCUACGUGUUGUUCUCACCAAAGUGGUGGAGACGGAGGGAAUGCCCCAACCCCCUAUCCACCCCCUUCGGGAUCAGUUAGAGCUCCUGUACCACAAAUGCGGCCGCGUCAGUGUUGAUACUGACCAAAUCAUUCGCGACUCCUGGUACGUCAGAAAGUUCGUUGGAUUGGUCAAAAUGAAGACACGGAAAGAGAAAGUCAGCGAAGAGAAAGACUUUCAGAAAUUGUGUCUGAUCCUCAACCCAGAACUGAAGGACCGGGGGUCUGUAUCCAGGUUUGAUUUGAGGAUCAGGGCUCCGUUGUUAACCAAUCAAUAUCGACAAUUUACAUACGACCUCAUGAUCAUACAAUGGGUCUUCGGAAGGAUUGAUGUUGUUCAUCUUGAUAUGGUCUUUGAUCAGGAUCUAUGUGAUGAGAUCAACAGGAACGUUGAGUUGAGACUUCAACGCAAGAAGGAACGUCAGGCGCACAAGUGA